UUUGAAUCUCUUCGUCUCCUCUAAAAAUCAGUCAAUAUUCCGCUAACUCUCAGUAAUAAAUAUUGCAGCCUCCGAGGGUCUCUUCACAUAACUUCUCUCUCUUUCUUUUCUCUGGAUUUUUUUAGAGAAGUCAUGUUCUCUUCCUGACACAUCACCUUCGAAUUUUUGUUUCUUUUUUUUAUCUUUUGAACUUUUUCAAUCUCUUCGUCUCCUCUAAAAAUCAGUCAAUAUUUAAUAAAUAUUGCAGCCUCCGAGUGUCUCUUCACAUUACUUCUCUCUCUUUUUUUUCUCUGGAUUUUUUAGAGAAGUCAUGUUCUCUUCUUCUUUGCUAAAGCUUAUGGAUCUGUUUUCAUCAGACUUAGCUUCCCCUUCAGGCCGGAUUUGGGUUUAUCUUAUCUCUUCCGAUUCAAUUCGGAUUGCAAUUUCCUAGAGGUUCUUCCAUGUAAUGAUUUCAAUCACACCAGAGCUCUGCAUUCGCCGCCGCACAAACCGCCGCAGCGCACACAACCGUUGCUACAGCGUCAAGCUACUCAUGGGCGGAGCCUCGUACCCAAUCAUAGGAGAGACUCCAAUCCUAGACCCCUUGACGCUUCUCUCGUGCAGAGAUUCAUGCUUGUGAAUUUGGUUGAAAUUGAUCCCCUUGAAUCCAUCCCGAAGCUGCAGUACCUUAGUUUAUUGGAUAAUAAUAUCACCAAGAAGCCAAACUAUCUCCUUUAUGUGAUUUACAAGCUAAAAUCACUUCGAGUACUGGAUUUCAUAAAAGUGAAAGCCAAGAAGAGGAGGUUAAGAAGGUUUCUCAGGAGGAGGUUCAAAAAGUUUCAGAUACUACAUAACAACCAGAGACUCCAAAAGUGGUGGCUUCAACACCCAAAUUUUAGCGAUCAAGGCUGCAAUUAUCAACUCCCAGACGCUUUGAAGUUUGGGCAGGUUCCUGCAGGCCUGAUAAUCCCUGAUCCUGUUCAUUCCAACAUAGCCACAAAAGACGGUUCUGAUCCUAUGGAGCAAUGGCCUGGUGUAAUGGCUCUGCGUGAGUGGCAUACAUGACUUCCACUUUUCCCACUACAUGCUACGUUUAAUUUAUGGAUUGUCUUUCGUGGCCUCGUGCUCAUAUACCAUGUCAUGAAUUUGAAUCUUAAUAUUAACACAUAAUAUAUGGUUUUAAAAUGUAGGUAUAAUUGUAUAUUUUUAACAAAUUUAAGUAAUUUUUAAAUUGAUGGAUAAUUUAUAAGCGUUAAGUUGA